CCAUUUUUAUUACAGAAACCACACAAACACAGGAAGACAGUAAGACAAGACAACUAGAGAGAGAGGAGCCCAAAACCCUCGGCUUCUCUCUCCUCUCUUUCUUUCUCUCUUCUCUCUUUCUCUCUCUGCAUAUUGGAAGAUUCGCAUUCGAAUUCUGUCAAUCAAAUUCGUUGUUAGAGACGGACAACAAGCGUACCGCCAAAGCAAUCGAAAUCGAAUCUGUUUGCGGAAGAAAGAAACCCUAGGUUUUCCAACGGAGGGCCCACCCAAGAAGAUGAGCAGCCAAGUGGGCCCCAAGAGGACCAGCCUAACCACCAAGCGCGGUCCCUCCACCGCCGUUAAGAAACCCACCCCUCCGACCGACAACAACGCCGCCGCCGCCAUUAAUGGCUCCAAGCCCUCGUCUCCUCCUCCUCCCGCCAAUUCGUCUGUCGGCGAGAGGACCGUCAAGAAGCUGAGGUUGUCCAAAGCCCUCACCAUUCCCGAGGGGACCACCGUCUCCGAUGCGUGCCGGAGAAUGGCCGCUCGCCGCGUCGACGCCGUGCUGUUGACCGAUUCCAAUGCAUUGCUUUCGGGAAUUGUUACGGACAAGGACAUUGCCACUAGAGUUAUAGCUGAGGGUUUAAGGCCGGAGCAGACGAUAGUGUCGAAGGUCAUGACGCGGAAUCCCAUUUUUGUUACUUCUGAUUCGUUAGCCAUUGAAGCUCUUCAGAAGAUGGUCCAAGGUAAAUUUAGGCAUCUUCCUGUUGUAGAAAAUGGUGAGGUCAUUGCCUUGUUGGAUAUCACAAAAUGCCUCUAUGAUGCGAUAUCAAGAAUGGAGAAGGCAGCUGAGCAGGGAAGUGCCAUUGCUGCUGCGGUUGAAGGGGUUGAACGUCAGUGGGGGAACAACUUUGCUGCUCCGUAUGCUUUUCUGGAAACUCUGAGGGAGCGGAUGUUCAAGCCUUCUUUGUCAACUAUAAUUACUGAAAGUGCCAAGGUUGCAAUUAUAUCACCAUCAGAUCCUGUUUAUGUUGCUGCCAAAAAGAUGCGGGAAUUUCGGGUUAAUUCAGUUGUUAUAGUGACUGGGAACAAGAUUCAGGGGAUUCUUACUUCGAAGGAUAUUCUCAUGCGGGUCGUGGCACAAAAUCUCUCACCUGAGUUGACACUGGUAGAAAAGGUAAUGACACCAAGCCCGGAAUGUGUCACUGUAGAGACAACAAUCCUCGAUGCGUUGCAUAUAAUGCAUGAUGGGAAGUUCCUUCAUCUUCCUGUUUUGGACAAAGAUGGAUACGUUGUGGCUUGCGUGGAUGUGCUACAGAUAACUCAUGCAUCAAUAUCUAUGGUGGAAAGCGGCUCUGGUGCUGUGAAUGAUGUGGUCAGCACUACGAUGCAGAAGUUUUGGGAUUCAGCACUUGCUUUAGAGCCGCCUGAUGAUUGUGACACCCACAGCGAAAUGUCUGCAUUUAUGACUUCUGAUGGGACAGAGAUAGGGAAGUACCCUUCUCUUGGCCUUGGGAAUACAUUUUCUUUUAAAUUUGAGGAUUUUAAAGGUCGUGUGCAUCGAUUGAAUUGCGGUACAGAAAGCUUGGAUGAGUUACUAUCUACUGUCAUGCAAAGGAUUGGUGCCGAAAGUGGCUCUGAUCACCCUCAGAUUUUGUACGAAGAUGAUGAAGGUGAUAAGGUUCUACUCGCAACUGAUAGUGAUCUUGUUAGUGCUGUCACUCAUGCUCGUUCAAUAGGUCUGAAGGUCUUGAGAUUGCAUCUGGACUUCUCUGAUUCGAACCAGCAAAGAACACUAGAGUCAAGCACAGCCACCACACAGGGUACCAGAUGGACAUCUUCCCACACGGGUCUUUUAGCUGGGGCCGCUGUCUUAACUAGCAUCGGCGUGCUACUUUACUUAAAGCGCACUAACCUUUGAAGCUUUUACUGAUUUGAAAGAAAGCAAAGAUACCAGGAUCAGAAGGGCGAUAAAUAGAGGUAUCUGCCAGAAAUUUUUAAAUGUUUGGGCGGCAGAGCCUUGAAUUACACAUCUCUUCAUUUUGAAUGAUCAAGUGGAGCCGGCAUUCGGCGAUUAGUAAACAAAAUAAUUUCCGGGUAAGUUCACAAAGAACCAGAGAAUGGUGAUGACUCUGAGGAGAGUUGAUGUUACUAUUUUUCUUCUAGAAACUUCGGGCGGGAAAGGU